AAAAAAGACAUCCCUUGGCAACGCGAUCCUGAGUACCCUUUCCAUGACCUUUCUUUUGUACAUUGUGAUUGUAUUGUUUGGAGCGCCAUUGACCGAGAAACUAUUCCAAACCGUCGCAUUCGCAGCAUACCUAUCGAUUGUUACUAUUAUGCCGGCAUUUGCUGCAUUGGCACCUGCGGAAGGCAAGACUUGGACCACUGUGUUCUUGCAACACUGUCCACGUACGUCUGCUGAAAUCUACGCUUACACACAAACAGUGUGUGCGUUAUCCGGAGCAUGGAUUGGCGCCAUUGUCUUACCGCUGGAUUGGGAAAGAGAUUGGCAGGUAUGGCCGAUUUCGUGCAUUAUCUCGACUUUUCUAGGUCAUGCCGUGGGCGUCAUGGCGGGUUUGGUGUGGGACAGCAUCAAAUACAUUUUCGCCAAAAGAAAAAGUGAAUAAAACUCAUACUCGAUCUUCUUCGAUUUUUGGGCCUUUUUCUUUUCUCAAGAUGAACAAUAACUUGCAACCAUAACAAACGUAUCCUUGGAAAUCAAACGAAGAAUGAACGGGAUAGAAAAGAAUUAAAAGAGAAGAAAGACUACAUGUACAGAUGAAAACGA